AUGAAUGCAACCGAGAUCUACGCUUGCCUGAAUGAUGUAGGCGUGCAAGCACAAGUGACAAGCAUCGUCACCUCUCAGGUUACCGCCCAGGUUACCGCCCAGAUUGUACCCGUGGCCAUGGCUGCUGCCCAACAGGCAGGAGAAGCCUUUGGAGGAGCGGGAGUUAUUACCGGCGUCAGUAUACCCCUGAUCGCAGGAAAUUUGUUUAUCUCCCUUUGGCGCAUCUUCACCAACAAAAGAAAUAUUCGGGCUUAUGUGUUACUGGCGGGAGCGAUGGGUUCGAUCGUCGGAUUGAUUGCGCUUCUCUUUGGUGUCCUACAAUUCUAUGGACGCACCGUGCCAGUAAGCGCGGCAGGAUUGAUUGGAUUCGUUAUUCAAUUGGUUUGCGUCAACGUUGCAGGGACAUUCAGAUUUGCGGUUCCGCUGCGCCAGGACCUAUAUCGACGUAUCUUCAUAUCCGUCUCCAUUGCCUACGCAAUCGCUGUUGGUGUUGCCGUCAUCGCCAAGGGUUUAAUUGAGAUGCGUUCCUGGGCAUGGAUGUGA